UCGUGCAACCCAACGGAUACCCAACAGACCCACAGCAAUUAAAAUGGCCGCAACAUACUAAGCUAUUCAAGGUCGUCGUAACGAGACGGAGGACGACUUCGAGUGAACCUGAGUUUUGCCGUCCCGGUCAACAUAGGUGAUUCAAUCGUGCGACAGAAUCCAUGGCUUAAUUAACCUCAUUGGUUCGUUCAUAGUCUCGCCAACAAAACCUUCAGGCCAUUCGUCAUGUAUCUCGAGUUCAACAGUUCCCAAUGUCCCAAUUUUGGGGAAAUGGAACCAAAACGCCAAAAUUUCCCCAGAAUCUUAUUACACUUUGGGGAAAUCGGCCUACAUUUAUUAAUAAAACCACAAACCUUUUCACGAUUUUGGGGAAAUUUUGCGUUUUUCUCCGAAAUUUCCCCAGAAUUUUGCGUUUUCCCAAUAUUUUCCCUGAGUUUGGGUGUUUUCCCCGAAAUUUCCCCUCAUUUUUGCGCUUUUCCCCUAAAUUCCCCCUGAAUUUCGCGUUUUCCCUCCUAGUUAGAUACAGUAUCAAUAAAGUCUACACUCUUUGAAUGUCUGUCAAUCUAUGGGAUGAUUCUGAUUCAGAGGACAACCUGCCAGCUGAAUGGGAACAAACUAGUCAGGGUAAUUUCAUUACUUACUACAACCGCUUGACUGGACUUUCUCAAAGGCCUCAUCCAAUUUCAGGCCAUAUUAAGCAAUUACCACAUGUGUUGCCCAAAGGUUGGUCUUCCUGCUCCGACAAAUCUGGGAGAACAAUUUAUUUAAAUUUAGAAACUGGCUGUUCAACUUAUUCCGAUCCUCGACUUCCUGCUGCCCUAUUGACCCACUCUACAAAAUCAAUUAGAAGUACCCAAUUUAAAUUUGACAAAUUCUCAAGUGUAAAUGAUAUUUUAUUAAAUAAAGAUCUCCGUGGGUUUUACGUUGUUGUAACAAAUUCAGGCUGUGGUCUUGGUUUAUCAAUCGCUGUUCAUCUCGUCCAAUAUGGAGCUACUGUUAUAUGCGCUUGUACUAAAUGUCCAGAAAAUGCUAUUGCUGUAUUUGACAAAACAAAGGCAUAUUAUGAAGGCAGUAUCACUGUAGACUUAACUUUGAAGUCAAUUAAUAAAGAAUCAGGUCAACUAUAUUGGAUACCGUAUAAUCCUUUGGAAUUACAUAGCAUCGUACGAUCCGUUCAUAUAUUACAGUCAUUGAACUGGCCUGUUCAUGCGUGUAUCAUAACUGAUGAUUUGCUUCCUCCUUUCGCUGGAUGGAAUUUCUUCCAAUCUUUUACAAGGAUAGUGUCUUGUUUGCGUGAAAUGAUUCCGUCUAAAGUUUCAUCCUGGUUUCAAUCUAUUUUUAAGUUUGUAACAAACUAUGAAAUACAAGUAUUUAAUUGGUUUGGGAAAAAGAUAAUUCCUGCAUGGAUUCCUGCUUAUUCAUGUGAGUGUUCUUCUAAACAUUUUCCGUAUUUAACUUCCGACGGAUUUGAAGUAUCAAUGCAAUGCAAUUAUUUAGCUCCUGCCUUGUUUUUGGAACGAUUGUUAAAAGCAAGAUUUGAUUCUUUACCUUCUCUUUCAACUAAUUCAUCAGACAAAACAUUUGACAGCUCAACUUUGCGUGUGGUGAUAGUUUCAUCAGAGAUUCACAAAGAGAGUAAUUUACAACACUGUAUUAAGGAACUGAAUAUAACAAAGAUGUUUCAGACAACCCCAACAUCAUUGCAUGACAGUAUGAGACAAUAUGCGAAUUCCAAAUUAUGUAUGUUAUUAUUUAUUCGUGAAUAUCACCAUCUUCUUCGUCGCUUUAGUGAAACAAGCACAACUUCAUCCACUAUACCUACAAUAUUUACUUGUACUGGAUGUGAUCCAUUUAGUGUGUAUUGCAGCAAACAAUUUUUAAUGAAUCUUUAUCACUGGUCUAUCAAAAAUCCAUUUCUUUUAGUACUACAAAUAGUAUACCUUUUAUCAAGACCAUUUGGUAUGUCUUUGGAUCAAGUGAUUGCUAAUCCUGUACUUUGUACUGUUCACAGAGUUGCAACUUUGCAACAAUCGAUAACUGCUCAUUCUAAACUGAUCCCAUAUUUUGAUAAAUGUCGACCUUCCACUACUUUAUUAGAUGAUCUACCACUUUCUGAAUUGGAUUUUUUAUCUAAAACUAUAUUUACCGAUACCAUGAGUAUUUUUUGUAAAUAUGAAUAAUAAGAAUGUAAAUACGUAAAAUCAAGACGACAACUUUUUCCUCUUUCAUGUUCAUGUUCUUCAAUGUACCUUAACAACUUACGUUUGAAAGUCACUUGAUUUUUGUUGUCGAAUUCAUCUUUCAUUCCUUAAAUUAAAACAUGCAUUGGUUAGUUUAUCGUAUGUAUUGAUCUUGAAUUUAUUCAAAGUUUCUAAAAACAACCUUUAUUACUAUAAACAGUGAAUGUUUGGGAUAGUUAUAAACUCAAGAUACUACCGAUUUAUGGUGUACAUGCACAAAAAUGCCUAGAAAAAUUGAUGUUAUGCAAAAUGACAAGUAAUUUGACCAAUCAAACGAAUGUUCAUUUAAUGUAACUAACGAGUAUAAGUCAUCGCGAGGUUGGUUUUAAUCACCAGUAGUAGCAUCUGACUCAAUAUUCAAAAGAUAUCAACCUAACCACAAGACAUUUGUUCUAAGUUCCCGUAAAAUGACACAAAACGCCUCCCCAUUUCGCCUUAGCACUGGUUUUACAGCCGUUAUCGUCUACCAAUUAAAAAUUGCAUUCGAGUUCUACAAGCCAGAGCUUUCUGCUUUUGAAAGGUUAAGGUCGUUUUCUUAUAUAGUGUUCUCUCAUAUCCAGUAUCC